AUGGGUCAUAGAGAUCCACUGUUGAGUGGAGAUGUUGAAUCGAAUUCAAAUGGAUCUUCGUCAUCACCAAAAUCAAUGUCUUCAUCACCGAGUCCAUCUUCUGGUUUUCUAAAGAAUAUGUCGUUCAGAAUGAAGUAUAUGGCAUUGAUUGGUGGUCUUGCUUUGGUUGUUGUGUUUAGUUUUAUUUUUUUCAACGUAAAGGAAGAAGCGUUGGCCAAGGUCGAGUAUGUAACUGCACCACCAUUCAGAGAAGUUCAAUGGCGUCAAGAUAUCAUUAUCUAUUUCUGGGAUACACCUUCAGCCGAACAAGAUAGAACCGGUAUGCUCACACAACCAACUCUUAAAGGUCCUUCAGACUAUGCAGAGACACUAGAUAGCGAAAACAACAAUAACGAGGAGGAGGAAGAAGAAGAAGAAGAGGAAGAAGAGAGUAACAAUAAUAUAUUCAAACAAUUUGACAAGAGAUCAGCGACAACUACAGGUAGUAACAGUAACAAUCUAAGAAAAACACAUGAGCUACCAAAUAGAAGUGUUAGAAAGAGAAUUCCUCUGAGGAAGCGUAUUGCCGUUCCGGAGGAAGAGGAAUGUGAGGUUUCAUGUUUGUAUUCACAUCAUUCCGAUGACUUGCCGUAUGCCGAUUACAUUGUAUUCGAUCCAUCGCAAAUGCAUCCAGAUAAUUGGCGAAGAAUGCCAGUUCACUUGCCAGAGAAGCAUAUUCAUCAAAAGUUUGUGUUACUCGACUACAACUCACCGAGCCAGUAUCCCAUUGUAAAUGACCAGCGCUAUAAGAGUCUAAUGGACAUACACCUAAACUACACAGAAAAGUCGCCAAAACAACUAUCGAUGGCAUGUCCACCCGAUCCCUCAAUGAAAGACGCCGACAUUAAACAACAGCUAUCGGAGCCAUCCAACGCCAAACAAAGAACCAAAGACAUUGUUUUCAUGUCUUCCAAUUGUGUGAAUGCAUUUGCAAAAGCAAGAACUUCAUAUGUAGCAGAUUUAAAGAAACAUAUAGCGGUUGAAUCUGUUGGUGAUUGCAUUCCAAGUAAUACAAGAAUAACACCACCAGAGAAUCAAGAUAUCUUCAGUAGAAUGAAGAGUAACAUCAAGGUAUUCAAGGACUACAAGUUUGUUCUUACCUUUGAGAAUGAAAACACUACCGACUAUGUCACCGAGAAGGUCUACAGUGCAUUGUUUGCUGGUGCAAUCCCGUUCGAGGGCAAGGGUGAUUACAUCGAGGUGAAGCCAUCCAAGAGCUGUCCGCGCUGUUUCGAUCUCACCAAUCACUACACUCUGAUGGCAUGGGUAAAACCGAGCUCGUUCGGUGACCAGCGACUCAUCGAUAAAGGUACACCCGGUAAGGUCGAUGGUUUCGAUUUCGACAUUCAAAAGACAUCGUCUGGCACUAGAGGUGCACUCAGACUGUGUGCGGCUGGCGCAUGUUUCACAUCACACGUAACGAUCUCUAGCGAUGUCUGGUCACACGUAGCAGUUGUCUUUUCUGUAAAUAAUCCAAAUCCACACGACAACGCUAUCAAUUUCUACAUCAAUGGAGUACAAGAUAUACCAAAUGAAUUCUUUAACCCAACGGAUGCCAACGAUAUUCCAUUGUUAGAAUCAGGUACAUAUCAUGGUUUAAUAGAUAACAUUGCAGUAUAUAAUAGAUCACUCAAUGCCCAAGAUAUUCAGAAAGCAAUGUGGACAAAACCUAAUCACGAUGAUAAAUCAUUGAUGCUAUUUUUAGAUUUCGACAACUCUGUACAGACCAGAAGCAACGAUCGCAAGCUUGUCUUUGAUAAAUCACCAUAUGGAAAUCACGCCUAUUGCAACAAAGGUGAAAAAGGUGAAUCACAGAAAAUCUUAUCCUAUGGUAAAGAUUAUGCAUUCAAUCGUUUUAUGUAUGACUACGAUGAUAGUAUAGAUAAUAUAACCAAUGAUGUUGCUAUAUUAAACACUGCUGCUGCUGCUGCUGCUGUGCCUGUUAAUAUUACAAAUGGUAGACAAUCAUCUAAUGCAACUUAUGAUAUACCUGAAGAUGCUGCAGAUGAGUCGAAUCAACAAACGAAAACAUUCAUCAAAGAAGCAGACGAACUUAAACAAUUGAUAAAUAAAAUAAUAUCACAUCAAUCGUUAUCAACAGAGGGUCUUGAAAUAUCUACAAAUAGAGUUACUCAAAUCUUGGAACAAUAUCAAGAACAAUCAAGUCUAUUGGAUGCGGAACGUCGCGAACUUAAAGAUCGAUUCUACAGUGAGAACGACCGGUUUGCUACCUCGCCAAUAAGCAGUCCUACCAUUGACAGCAGAGGUGUCUGUAUCAACUAUGAUAGUCCGCUGGCUCAAAUAGAUUUUAAAAAAGCAGAUGACGAAGAAGAAGAGGAACAGGAAAUACCGGAUGAAAUUGAAGAGAUUAUCGAUGUUUUAAUUACUCAAGGUCUGAGUGAUCGUGAUACCAUUGUAAGAUGGUCUGCUGCCAAGGCAGCAGAGCGUCUAGACCAGUUGAUUCAAAUGGUUGUUCGUGCUUUGCAAUUCGAGGUGAUACGCGGUACAACCUCUGUCGGCGCACACGUCAGAGACGCAGCCUGCUAUAUCUCGUGGGCGUUGGCACGUACCUAUCAUCCAUCGAUUAUGCAGUCCUACUCGUUCUUACUGGCCAAGAAUCUAGUGGUGACAGCACUGUUAGACCGCGAGAUCAACUGUAGGAAGUCAGCGUCUGCCGCCUACCAAGAGAAUGUAGGAAGACAAGGUGCUGCCAUCCCACAUGGCAUCGAUAUCGUUCAGCUUGCCGACUACUUUGCAGUUGGAAACAAGAGAAACUCUUACCUGGAGUUGACACCUACUAUCGCAACCUACGUAGACUACCAGCAGCUACUUAUGGAGAACCUGAUACUCUCAAAGAUCUAUCACUGGGACAACGAGGUCAGAGAGCUAGCCACCAAGUCUAUUGCACUUGUACUACCACUGAAUCCACAGUACUUUGUACAACACAUCCCGACUAUCAUUAAAAAUACUAAAUCCGAUCAGAUAUCGAUCAAACAUGGAUCACUACUUGCACUUCAUGAGAUUCUAAUAAGUUUGAAAUCUAUUGGUCAAUCUAUUCUACUAACAGAUGAUAUUAUUAAUAGUAUAUUAGUUGUUAUUAAAGAUAAAAGAUUGGAAAAGUUGUAUAAAGGAAAAGGUGGAGUUUAUAUUAGAACUGGUAUAUGUAAAUUGAUUGGAUCUAUCUGUAUGUGUAACUUUACUUUGUCAAGCGAGAUCAAGUUGGAUGAUUCUACAAAGUCGGCGAAUGCAUCGCUUGCACUGAGACAGAGAAUCAGUGCUCUUCGUGCAAAGACCUCGGCAGUCAAAAGCAAGAGUGAAGCGCAAUCGUCACAAGCAACUGAUACAGCCGGUACACAAACAUCGAAUGAAAAUGCAUUCGAUACUCUCUUAAAGUAUUUGGAAGAGAGUAUUCAACAUCCAAUUGCAGAGGUUCAGAAAGAGUCAUCUCUCGCUCUGAAAGUUCUUUUUAACAACUAUAUGAUUCCAGACAAGUAUCAAGAACUACAGCACCUCGUUCACCGAUAUGAACGAAUGCUCUUACAAGAUGCAAACCCACCAUCGAGAAGAGGUGCUGCACUGUUCCUAGGUGUCAUUCCAUUCCAACUGCAUAAAGACCAUCCCGAACAAUCAACAAAAAUCAUCGAUUCACUUAUACUAUCAGUAUUUGAAGAGAAACCAAUGUAUAAAGAUAUAGAAACAAGAGUAAACUCGUUGAAUUCACUAGAGAUGAUAAUCAUUUCAUUCUUUGAGAAUGGUUUGAUGACAAAAGAUAUCUUUUGUCGGUUAUUCCAAACGCUGUUAUUAGCCACAGAAGACUACACAGUUGAUAAAAGAGGUGAUGUAGGUUCUUGGGUAAGAGAAUUAGCUUGUAAGGUUAUAUCAACUCUGAUUGAAUUAGAUGUUAACAAAUAUAAAUUAGAUCGUGAGAAAUUAGAUAAACUACGAUUGACAUCCUGUUUGAUUAUAUCGAAAAUCAUAUGGAUUGAAGAGCUUUCGCAGUGCAUCACAAACAGGUCGGAACUGCAAGAAAUAUUUACAAAGAACAAUCAAAUCACUUGGUCGAGAAGUAAUGAGGCAUUCCCAAUUAUAUGUCGUGUUUUAGCUAUCGAUUGUUAUCUCUACUACCUCGUUUUUGGACUGUUCUCAUCUAUUGGUGGACCAUCGAAAUACUUGGUCGACGACUCUCUCUACUCGAUACAAUUGUACUUAAGCGGAUACAACGAAAACCUAGCAGAGAAACAACACCAAGUGACAAGAGUAGCUUCAACCUUUAAGCAAAUCAUUCAAAAUACAUAUCGUGAGAGAUCUUUGGCAUCGACAUUCAGAACCAUCACAAAGCUAUUUGAAACAAAUGAAUUUGAUUCAUUAUCAAAAACAAAUCCUGAAAUCAUUAUUGAUAUAUGUAAAUUGACAAAAGAGAAAGUUUUAGCAAAUUUGAAAGAUAUUCGAUUGCUAUUACAAUCCAUACCAAUUAAAGAUAUAUUUAAUGAUGAAAUUAAAAUGAAUUCCAAUGAAAUGUUAUUGAUGUUACUUGGCAACAAGUAUCCUAAAGUUCGUAUAGUGGCAUAUGAUGAGUUGACCAAUAGAUAUAGUUUGAAUGAAUAUAUUUUAAAUGAACCACUUUUAAAAUUACUUCACGAAGGUUAUCCUUGGGAUCAAGACUUAAAUAAGAAUAUAACGAUACUUAAUAGAAUCUAUCAAUUGUUAAAAUUAGAUCCACCAACCAAUAUCAUAAAAGAGAGUAUUGAAUCAACCAAUUCAAUACAAAUUCAAACAUCAACAACUACAGAUCCUAUCCCACAAUACUUGGAAACUUUACCUGAAGAUUCAGAGGAACUGAUGGAAAUUUAA